UGUUCAUCUCUUAGUAAGCAAUCUAUUCUAGUCAAGAUGAAGUUGCUGAUCAUAUCAAUCCUUGCGAUGUCCUGCUGUGUUUCUUCCUAUCGUCAUCUGGAAACUAUCAGCGGGUAUGAUGUCAAAACGGUCCAUGAGAUAAAACCAUACAAAGUGGUUCCGCAGGAAAAACUGGAGGACGAUGUGGAAGCAAAGCUCGAAGCACUGAAUAAAAUGCUGAAGGAGCACCAACAACAGCAACAAAAAGCUAUGCAGAGCAGGAAAACGGAAGUAUCUUUGAAAACGGAAGUCCAAUCCGAAGCCGGCGUGGAAAAGGCAAUCGAAUACGAAGUGCCGAAUUAUGAGUUCGGUUAUGGUGUGAAGGAUCCCAAAACCGGCGAUCAAAAGGAACAGUGGGAAAAGCGGGUGGGUGAUCGAGUUAAAGGUACCUACAAGUUUGCCGAAUCAGACGGAACGCAGCGAGUGGUGGAAUAUGAAGCCGACGAUGAGAAAGGAUUUGAGGCGAAAGUGAAAAAUGUGGAAAAACUGGAAACUGGUCAGUUGGACGAAAAGGUGAAGGGAGAUAUUGCGCACAGUUAUAGUUAUCUGAAGAAGAUCUCCAGCUGAACUGAAUGGUCCAAACUGUGGUUCUGGAAAUGUGAGAACUGAAAAGAGCACUUUUUUUAAUACGAUAUAGAUAAGUGACGUGUUAUGAGUCCAAUAGCUCCGAAAUGCAAUAAACUGUACAGUUUUAACAAAACGAUCAAGUUCCGAAAAUGUGAUUUCGUUUGUGUCAUAUCAAGCUCGUUUAGUUUCCAAUUCGGCGUUUAAUCCAUGCUUCAGCUUAAGAUAUGUUACCAUCAAGAUGUAUAGUUGUUUAACGAACAAGUUCUAUAAUUUAUAUACUGUUUUAUACGAAAGUUAUUUUAAAAUAUCAAAAGGAUCGGUUUUAUGCUGAACAGAAACAAAAGCUGUUUUCUGUUAUAACUGUUAUAAUUAAAGCUUUUUCUUUUGAAUUA